AUGGCUCGAUCGGCGGGCUCUAAACCGUCGGCCGCGCGUGCCUCUCCUUCUCCCCCACCGGGGGCCUCGUCCCUCGGCCAGAAACCCAAGGCGAAAGCGACAAAGCGCAAAGAGGAUUAUUCGUCCGAGGGCGUGGAAGACAACGAUGUGUUCCUGCUCCCGGGCUCUGACUUCCAGAUCGUGCUGGCGAUCACCGUGCUUGCCGCCGCUGUGCGCCUGUUCCGCAUCUACCAGCCCUCCAGCGUCGUCUUCGAUGAGGUCCACUUCGGUGGCUUCGCAACCAAGUACAUCAAGGGCCGGUUCUUCAUGGACGUGCACCCCCCGCUCGCGAAACUGAUGAUCACGCUCUUCGGCUGGGCUGCCGGCUUCAACGGAAACUUUGACUUCAAGGACAUUGGCAAGGACUACCUCGAGCCCGGCGUCCCCUAUGUGGCCAUGCGCAUGUUCCCCGCCAUCUGCGGCAUCCUCCUCGCCCCAACCAUGUUCUUGACCCUCAAGGCCGCGGGUUGCCGUAGCUUCACUUCGGCCAUGGGUGCAGGUCUCAUCAUUUUCGAGAACGGACUGCUUACACAGGCACGGCUUAUUCUCCUCGACUCUCCCCUGAUGAUCGCGACCGCUUUCACUGCCUUUGCCUUCACGUCGUUCACCAACCAACAAGAAUUGGGCCCGUCCCGCGCGUUCGGUCUGAGCUGGUGGUUCUGGCUCGUCAUGACCGGCCUCGGUCUCGGCAUGACGGUGAGCAUCAAGUGGGUUGGGCUGUUCACGAUCGCUUGGGUGGGCUCCUUGACGCUGGUGCAGCUGUGGGUUCUGCUGGGCGACACCAAGAAUGUGUCGAUCCGGAUCUUUAGCAAGCACUUCAUGGCUCGCGCGUUCUGCCUGAUCAUCAUCCCGGUGGGCUUCUACAUGGCCAUGUUUGGCGUGCACUUCCUGAUCCUGCAGAACCCCGGCGACGGCGACGGGUUCAUGAGCUCGGAGUUCCAGUCGACGCUGAACAGCAAGGGCAUGAAGAACGUCCCGGCCGAUGUGUUGAUGGGCAGCCGGGUCAGCAUCCGCCACGUCAACACCCAGGGCGGGUACCUGCAUUCGCACAAUCUGAUGUACCCGACGGGAUCCAAGCAGCAACAGAUCACUCUUUACCCGCACAAGGAUGACAACAACGUCUGGCUGCUCGAGAACCAGACCCAACCCCUCGAUAUCAACGGCGAGCCCAUCAACGGCACGAAUGCCUGGUACAACAUCCCCGAGACCCCCUACAUCGAAGACGGCGCGGUCGUCCGCCUGUACCACCUAGCUACCCACCGCCGCCUACACUCCCACGACGUCCGCCCUCCCGUCACCGAGGCCGAGUGGCAGAACGAGGUCUCCGCAUACGGCUACGAAGGCUUCGACGGCGAUGCCAACGAUUUCUUCCGCGUCGAGAUCGUCAAGAAGAAGUCCAAGUCCGGCGUGGCCCAGGACCGGGUCCGCACCAUCGACACCAAGUUCCGGCUCGUGCACGUCAUGACGGGCUGCGUGUUGUUCUCGCACAAGGUCAAGCUCCCCGACUGGGCCUCGGAGCAGCAGGAAGUGACCUGCGCGCGCGGCGGUACGCUCCCCAACAGCCUGUGGUACGUCGAGUCGAACGACCACCCGAAGCUGGGUGCCGGCGCCGAGACUGUCAACUACGCGAACCCGGGCUUCUUCGGCAAGUUCUGGGAGCUCCAGAAGGUCAUGUGGAAGACCAAUGCCGGGCUGGUCGAGUCGCACGCCUGGGACUCCCGCCCGCCGUCGUGGCCGAUCCUCAGCCGAGGCAUCAACUUCUGGGGCAAAGACCACAGGCAAAUUUAUUUGAUUGGCAACCCGAUCAUCUGGUGGAGCGCCACGGCGGCCGUGGUCAUCUACGUCUUGUUCAAGGGCAUUGCCGUGCUCCGGUGGCAGCGCAGCUGCAACGACUACGCGGUCCCCGUGUUCAAGCGGUUCGACUACGAAAUCGGCACCUCCGUACUCGGCUGGGCGCUGCACUACUUCCCCUUUUACCUGAUGCAGCGCCAGCUCUUCCUGCACCACUACUUCCCCGCGCUCUACUUUGGCAUCAUGGCCUUCUGCCAGAUCUAUGACUUCGCCACCGCGCGCAUCGCUGGCGUGGGGCUCCGCGAGAACCCCAUCAUCGGCCGGGCAGGUGCCGUCGGGUUCCUGGUCCUGUCGAUUGCGGCCUUUUCGCUGUUUUCCCCGCUUGCGUACGGCAACACAUGGACGCGGGACGAGUGCAAGCGUGUGAAGCUCCUCAGCGGCUGGGAUUGGGACUGCAACACGUUCUUGGACAGCUACGAAGCCUACCAGGGCCUUCCCUCUACACCAGCAGCCGCACAGACACCCCAGCAAUCCGUCGAUGCCGCCCAACAACAGCCCCCUCACGUAGCAGGCGGGGAGCAGGAGCAAAUCCCUAUCGCCGACUCGCCGCAACAAGAGCAGCAAUCUUCUCAAGGUGCUGAAGUCUCGGCCGCGCCCGUCGUCGCGGAGGAAAAGCGCCUUCUUCGCAAGGAGGAGCGAGUCGAGUACCGCGACCAGGAUGGCAACCUCCUGAACGAGGAGCAGGUCAAGGCGCUCGAAGGGAAAGUCGAGUUCAAGACGCGCUACGAGACCCGCACCCGGCUCGUCGAUGCGCAGGGCAACGAGAUCCUGGCCCCGGCUGAUGAGCAGCGGCAACAGCAGCAGCAGGAGCAACAGCAAGACCAACAGCAGGCGGCGCCGGCUUCCGGCGCGGGUGUGGCACCCCCGCACCCUGAUGUCGAAGGCGCCAACAGCGAGACAGUAGUCGCGUCUUCCGGUGCGCCGGUGCCCGAGCCCAAGGAGAGUGUGGAGGGCGAAAAGGAGCGUGAGGAGCAGGCGGCUAAACCGGCGAGUGAGAGGAAUGAGGCGAGUGCUGUCAAGGAGGAGCUUUAA